ACCAGAGCAUUUCUUCUUCUUCUUCCUGAUUCUCCCUCACAUAUCCAGAAAUUAUUUUCAGCUCAUCUGUCGUCUGUCUUUCUCCCUGUAAACUUGUUUUUGUUUCCUCCAUUAAUUGAUUAGUUUUCUUGGAAACAAAGAAACAAAGAACAGAUCAAACCCUAAAUUCCGAUGGAUCUGGCUUCAGAGGAGCUUCAAUUCCUGAGCAUAACAGACAUCUUGAGAGAAUCCAUCUCGAUCCCAAAACAAUCCCCUAAGACGUUCUACCUCAUAACCCUAACCCUAAUCUUCCCUCUCUCCUUCGCUAUCUUAGCUCAUUCUCUCUUCACCCACCCUCUCCUCGCCCAGCUCGAUGCCUACCCCUCUCCUGAUCCCGCGCAUGCCCGCCAUGAAUGGACCCUUCUCUUAACUUUCCAGUUCUGCUACCUAAUCUUCCUUUUCGCAUUCUCUCUCCUCUCAACUGCUGCCGUUGUCUUUACUGUCGCUUCUCUGUAUACCUCCAAACCCGUCUCCUUUUCGUCCACGAUCUCUGCUAUUCCCAAGGUGUUUAAGCGGCUCUUCAUCACAUUUCUGUGGGUCUCCCUGCUGAUGCUCGCUUAUAAUGCCGUUUUCUUGGCUUUCCUGGUUGUUUUGGUGAUCGCCAUCGAUCUACAGGAUGUGAUUUUGGCGGUUUUCUCUAUGGUGGUAAUAUUCGUGUUGUUCUUGGGUGUUCACGUGUACAUCACGGCUUUGUGGCAUUUGGCGAGCGUGGUCUCGGUUUUGGAGCCGAUUUACGGGUUUGCAGCGAUGAAGAAGAGCUAUGAGUUGUUGAAGGGUAGGAUUCGGAUGGCGAGCGUGCUGGUUUUCGGGUAUUUGGCUAUAUGUUUGGUCAUCGGGGGUGUUUUCGGGUCGGUUGUGGUGCACGGAGGAGACAACCAUGGAGUUUUUACGAGGAUUGUGGUUGGUGGUUUCUUGGUUGGGGUUCUGGUGAUUGUGAAUUUGGUGGGAUUGUUGGUGCAGAGCGUGUUUUACUAUGUAUGUAAGAGCUAUCAUCAUCAGGGAAUCGACAAAGUGGCUUUGCACGAUCAUCUUGGUGGGUACCUUGGAGAGUAUGUGCCUCUUAAGAGCAGUAUUCAGAUGGAGAACAUGGACGUAUGAUGGUGCAAGCUGGAAGACGAUUAGAAUAGUGACUGAAGGUUCCUUGUUGGUAUGGCGGGUGGAUGAAGUCUGCAAGUACCUUCAUUUUAGCCUUUUAGAAAUUGAGACGUUGGCAUGUUAAAUGUAAUUAUAAAUAUUUUUACUCUUUGAUAGGAUAUGUAUCUUUGUGGUCUUCAAUUAUCAACUCUGUUUAGAGUGAAAGAGCAUAUAUAGUCUAUAGAUUUUGUAACUAAUUGGUUAGUGAUAAUGUUUCUUUGAUCAGACCAUGUAUCUGUUUUGAAGUGGCAUAAUUUUCUGUAAUGAACAACUAUUUGUAUAAA